AUGCCACCAGGAAACAGCCCAGUUACCGAUCCAGCUAGCACCAACAUUCGAUGCAACGUUGGCGGUGGAAGCGGUAUUGCUAGCAAGUGUGGUAUCAAGGCCGGUGAUCAAGUUACUGUUGAGAUGCAUCAGCAAAUCGGUGACCGAUCCUGCAGCAUGGAAGGUAUUGGCGGUGCUCACUGGGGUCCAGUCAUGGUUUACCUUUCCAAAGUCGACGAUGCUUCCACCGCAGAUGGUUCUGGUGGAUGGUUCAAGAUCUACCAGGACUCUUGGGCCAAGUACCCAACUGGUGACGGAUCCUCGGAUUGGUGGGGAACAAAGGAUAUGAACUACUGCUGCGGAAAAUUGAGCUUCAAUAUCCCUACAAACAUUCCUUCUGGAGAUUACUUGCUCCGUGCUGAGGCUUUGGCAUUGCAUGCCGCUCAGUCGCCACCACCUAACGGUGCACAGUUCUAUAUGAGUUGCUACCAGCUCACCAUCACCGGCGGCUCCGGAUCCGUCCCACCAACUGUCAACUUCCCAGGUGCCUACAGCGCUAACGACCCAGGUAUCUUCAUCAACAUCUACCAAUCUCUCUCUACCUACAUCGCCCCAGGUCCAACCGUCAUCCCAGGCGGUGCCACCAAGUCUCCAAACGUCCUUGCUUUCAGCGGAAACUGUGUUGCUACUUCCACUGUUGUUGGUGGCGGCACUAACCCAACUACUGCUGCCACUACCACCGCUGUUAGAACUUCGACUACAUCUGCAGGUACCGUCAGGACUUCGACUACUACCGCUCGCACUACUACCACUACUGCUCGUACUACCACUUCUGCCGCUGCUACUACUAGGACUACCACUACCGCCGGAAAUACUGGAUGUUCUUCGCCUUUGUAUGGACAGUGUGGUGGUAUUGGAUACACUGGUUGCACUAGCUGCGCUUCUGGAUCUAAGUGCUCUGUUCUCAACGACUACUAUUCUCAGUGCGUCUCUGCCUAA